UCCAGGUCGUACAGCGAGACUACACGUGAAUGUGGGAGCGUUGGGCAGGUUUCAACUGUUUUUGUUCUGUGUUGUGAAGUUUCAGCUCCGUUCAGUGCAGCACGAGUGUGACAGCGACUCUGUGCGGAGGGAGAGGCCGGCAGGAUGCUGUAUCUGAUCGGCCUGGGGCUCGGAGACGCCGCGGACAUCACGGUGAAGGGUCUGCAGGCGGUGAAGAGCUGCUCCAGAGUUUACCUGGAGGCCUACACCUCCAUCCUCACUGUGGGCAAAGAAGCGCUGGAGGAGUACUAUGGGAAGGAGCUCAUCCUGGCAGACAGAGAUCUGGUUGAACAGGGAGCUGAUGAGAUCCUAAAGGAUGCAGACGUAACUGACGUGGCGUUCCUGGUGGUCGGCGACCCGUUCGGAGCCACCACUCACAGUGACCUGGUCCUGAGAGCAGUGAAUGCUGGGAUACCGUAUAAAGUCAUCCACAAUGCGUCCAUCAUGAAUGCGGUAGGCUGCUGUGGUCUGCAGCUGUAUAAUUUUGGAGAGACGGUGUCCGUGGUGUUUUGGACGGAGACGUGGAAACCUGAGAGCUUCUACGACAAAAUCUGUAAAAACAAAGCAGCUGGACUGCACACACUCUGCCUGCUAGAUAUUAAAGUCAAAGAGCAAACCAUUGAGAACAUGAUGAGAGGAAAGAAGAUCUAUGAACCACCUCGCUACAUGACAGUUAGUCAGGCUGCAGAUCAGCUGAUUCAGAUCAUUGACAGAAGACGGAAGGAGGGGGAGGAGCUGGGUGUAACGGAGGACACAGUUUGUGUUGGUGUGGCCCGACUGGGCUCUGAAGACCAGAUGAUCCGCACAGGGACAUUACGUCAGCUGGUGUCAUGUGACCUGGGCGCUCCGCUUCAUUCUCUGGUGAUCACCGGUCAACUCCACCCGCUAGAGGUGGACUUGCUGCAAAUAAACGCAGAACCAAACGCACUGCAAGACCUCCGCAUGAUUGACAGCUCGACAUACACCUCCUAACAGACACACUGGUCUGGUUGCCUUUUUGAGGACCAUUGGUGUGUUAAAUUUGUGAUAGAAACGGAUGUCAAAAUAGUACAUUUGCUGUCAAAUAUGACUUUCUGGGCACUUCCUUGUCAAAAUUGUCUAUUUGUAAACCAAGCAAGUCACUCUUAGAUUCCUAUGCAAAAACCAAUUGGAGCUUUCAAACUUGCACUGGAAGCAAUGAGGACUGGGGGAAAUGUCCUAACCAUGAUGGGUUUAAAAUAGAAAUGGAGAGGGAACACAUAUACAUGCACAUACAAGCCUGUAUCAGUUGUAUAAAAUACUGAUUAAAAAGACAUUUGAACCAGUUGA